CGUUCUUGUCCCUUCAGAAGACUGUGCCCAACACGCCCUCUAUAGAUCGGAAGAGCGUCGUGUAGGGAAAGAGUGUAGAUCUCGGUGGUCGCCGUAUCAUUAAAAAAAAAAAAAAAAAAAAAAGAAUGCUACCCGAAAGGGCACACCUCCCAAAUGAUGUAAUCCUACCUUCUUCACCCGAAUACAACGUCGCGAUCCUUCCGAUGGUCCGGUUCCGGGCCCCGACACUCUGCGCGGGAACCAACAGCAGCUUCGCCUCUUAUGCCGAAAAAAUCCGCCCCGUGACGGCAACGGUCGGGAUCUCUCCUUAUCGAGGAACCGUGGAAACGAUCGGUUCAUCUGCUGCUGCCACGUGUCGCACUCCCAGUUCGUCAGCAUGCCAUCGAGCACUACGUGGCCGGUCCUUAUCCAGGAUUGGCAGAAGGGCAUGGAAGGUACGGCAAAACGGGCUGGGGCAAUAUUGACUGGUUCAACAUGGAGUAAAGAGAGGUUUGAUGCUGAUGCAGCUGCGGAAUCUGGUGAGGACUGGAGCCGACAGCUCAUGUCGCUCACAGCGGCACUCAAGAAAGGAGAAGAGGCUCUCAAGACAGCACAUCAGCAGCUGUCCCAGAAGCUUCAAGUGGGUAGAGCUAGCACUGGCCUCAAGAAUGAAAUGCCGACCGCCACUCCUGGAGCUGCCUCAGCCUCACUGACAGCGCUAUCCUCGGGUGGUAUGCAGCAGACGGUGGCCUUGACAGAAGCCUUGAUUCAGAUGAAGGGAGACGUCUCUUCUGAAGCAUCGGAUUGGCUGUGGCAAUGGAGGCCUCUGGGGUGGGGUACUAACUUUGAGUGGGUCGAUGAGCCACCCGUUAUUAAGGUUACGGCGCCAAAGAAAGCCCUUUGCACUCUGGAUUGUAAAUUUAAGGUGGGCCUCCCAGCAGACGAUGUUUACAGAAUCUUGGUGGACCCAGAAAAUUGUCGUGUGUUCAAAAAUAUAAAGGAAGUCAAGUACCGCAGAGUACUAAAGCAAGACCAGUACCGCCAGAAAGUUGAAACUGAGCAGGCAGCAAAAUGGCGUUUUCUCUGGCUCUCGGGGACGUUCGACAUCGCACUCGAGAUCACUGAAGACAAGCGUGAUCGGCAAGUUGAUUUCAAACUUGCCCGCCCUGGAUUUAUGACAAGAUUCGAAGGGUACUGGAAUGUCCUACCUUUAGAAGACGAUUCGGCACCUCCCUCCUCCUCUUCCUCCUGCUGCUCAAAUGCCUCUGGUUCUUCACCGAAUGGCCCCCGUGCUUCUCUCGUCACUCUGCAUCAAUACAUAAUGCCAUCAGUGAUCCCUCCCCCUCCGCUCGAUCGGUAUGUUCGAGGAAUAACCGUGAAAACCACGCAUGACACAAUAACAGAUCUGCAGGGAGAGGCCUAUCGAAUCCGAAAGGGAUUAGCUAUGCUAGCAGAGGAGGAGCUAAAGAAGUUGAAAUCAGAGAUACUUCUGGUGGGAAGACAGAAAGGAGACGGCAGAAACCCGCAGCAAGGGGGAGGGGGAGGGAAAGGGGACAGAGGAGGUGGAGGUGAUGGUGAGGGAAGAAGGCUAAAGAAAUUCAGAGCCAGGAAUGCUGUGGUUGACGCUGAAGAGCCCUCCCAGCAAGCCGCACGACAUGCGCAUUCUGACCAUGCCACUGGACGAGGCACGCCCAACUCCAAGGCAGCUAGCGUAAGCUCCAUUCGAGAUCGAGCACGCGCUCUUCGGAAGCAAAGGGGUCGCCGAAAGCUUAACUCGAUUUGGCACGAUCCCACCGAUCUAGAAGAAGACAUUCUAUAUGGCAGGUAGGUUAUAUGAAAAUGGGAAAAAUAAAAAAUAAAUAAAAAUAAAUCAGAAAACAAACACACACACACAAAUCAUAAGUCCACCCGGGCUUGCCAUGGCACCUUGCCCCUCCCGCACCGGGUCCGCCACCCACCCUUCCUUAGCCUCCACAUCCUUCUCUCUAAAAUGAUGUCAAAACCCCAUAUACUUAACUGAGUUAACUCUGAACACCCUAGCUAUGGUUUAACUCUGUGAACUGGGUCUCCUUUCUACUCUAAAAAGACACCUUAGCUAUGGUUAACUUGGUUGGUUAUGGUUAACUUGGUUAACUCUGAACUCCUUACUACUCUGAACACUCUAGUUAUGGGUUAAAUUGGUUAACUCUGAACUCCUUAGUUAUGGUUAACUUGGUUAACUCUGAGCUCCUUAACUCUGAACACCUUAGUUAUGGGUUAAAUUGGUUAACUCUAAACUCCCUAGUUAUGGUUAAUAUGAUCAUCUGUUAAUAGACUGCAGUGUGCACCCUCCUGAAGUAACAUAGAAGUUUGAUUUCCUAUUCUUGGGGGAAGGAGAACUCUUUGUAGCGAGGCAGGCACUCAAAAUUAUCGAUGGCAGUCAUUGCGUAUAGAAACUUGGAAAGUUAAUAUAGUUGUCCGUAAACCAUAGUUAAGGUUUAUGGUUAACUGUGCAUGGUCAUCCAUAAACAGUGUGUGUGGCAUAUAUGCUUGCUUAUCCAUCAGCAUAUCUGUUCCGGAUGAUAUAUAUUAUAUAUGGUUAACCACUUAGUUGACGGUAAGAUUGCCGCAUUCGACUGUAGCGUAGCGUCCAGUUCACAACAAUAUAAGUCAAUGGCGGGUAUCGUUAGGACUACUACUGCUGGUACGGACGGGCCUAGCUCAGUUGCGCACACCAAUGAACUGUUGCAAUAUAC